AUCCCACAAAUGCACGAUCCUUACGAGUUGGAUAUCAUUGUGAAGGUAAACAGGCUUUCCAACCAUGUAAAAUACAAUGCCAAUUAGCAUUGUAACAACAGAGAAAUAAUCGACCAAACACAAGUUUCCAAACUUUUUUUUCAUAGUUUAUAAAGGAGAUCCUUUACUGCACCUUUCUGUGGCUAAAUGCUACUGUAGUUAAGAAAAUGCAAACUUCUUUUUUUCUGAUUCAUGCUCAUUACUCCUCUUGAUGUUUUACCAUGUGAAAGUCAGACAGUGGCUAGAAAGGUGGAAACUUGCUGCCAAAGCCUCUUAGGACACCUCAUUGUUUAGAAAAUAUAAAGGAGAUCCUUCACUGCACCUUUCUGUGGCUAACUGACCAUGCCACAAAAAAAGAAGUGUGCAUUUUCUUAACUACAGUAGUGUAGUUAAGAAAAUGCACACUUAUUUUUUUCUGUUUUUCAUGCUCAUUACUCCUCUUGAUGUUUUACCAUGUGAAAGUCAGACAGUUGCUAGAAAGGUGGAAACUUGCUGCCAAAGCCUCUUAGGACACCUCAUCGUUUAGAAAAUAUAAAGGAGAUCCUUUACUGCACCUUUCUGUGGCUAAACGACCAUGCUACUGUAGUUAAGAAAAUGCACACUUUUCUGUUUUUCAUGCUCAUUACUUCUCUUGAUGUUUUACCAUGUGAAAGUCAGACAGUGGCUAGAAAGGUGGAAACUUGCUGCCGAAGCCUCUUAGGGACACCUCAUCGAAAUGUGUAUAACGAAGCUGCUAAUCAAGUGGAAAUAGCCGUUCUUGGCUAGCCUGGCUUACAUCCUCCACUUUGUUCAGGAGGUGGCUGGACAAAACAAACAAGGAGGAACUUCCCACUGUCUGACUUUCACAUGGUAAAACAUCAAGACGAGUAAUGAGCAUGAAAAAAAGAAGUGUGCAUUUUCUAACUACAGGAGCAUUUAGCUACAGAAAGGUGCAGUAAAGGAUCUCCUCUAUAUUUUCUAAACAAUGAGGUGUCCUAAGAGGCGUUGGCAGCAAGUUUUCACCUUUCUGUUGCUAAAUGACCAUGCUACUGUAGUUAGAAAAUGCACACUUUCUGGUUUCCAUGCUCAUUACUCCUCUUGAUGUUUUACCAUGUGAAAGUCAGACAGUAGCUAGAAAGGUGGAAACUUGUUGCCAAAGCCUCUUAGGACAGAAGAAAACAUAAAGGAGAUCCUUUACUGCACCUCUCUGUGGCUAAAUGGCCAUGCUACUGUAGUUAGAAAAUGCACACUUUCUGGUUUCCAUGCUCAUUACUCCUCUUGAUGUUUUACCAUGUGAAAGUCAGACAGUGGCUAGAAAGGUGGAAACUUGCUGCCAAAGCCUGUUAGGACACCUCAUCGUUAAGAUUUAGAAAACAUAAAGGAGAUCCUUUACUGCACCUUUCUGUGGCUAAACGACCAUGUUACCAUGCUACUGUAGUUAGAAAAUGCACACUUCUUUUUUUCACCCUCAUUACUCCUCUUGAUGUUUUUACCAUGUGAAAGUCAAUCACUAAUAAAUCAUUUUUUGAAUCCAACUAUUUGCUCAUGUGUUGUCUUGAAAUGCUUUUAAAAACACACAGAAGUAUGAAGCUCUCUGUUUUCGCACGGAGCAACAUUGUUCCUUUGUAGCAGUGAAGGGGGGAGUGGAGCAAUCUGAUUCUUGAGAGAGCUCAGGCUCAGCUCCUCCCAUCCUUUGCGGCUGCGCACUGCAAUUUUUCACUCCUUUUUUUUCAAUUUUUUCACUCCUACUCUGGCUUCCGGACGCCAAGACAGACCGCUGCCGCCGAAUUUAAAGAGACAGGACGAUAGUUUAUUUUAAAUACGAUAAACGGGCAACCAUUGUCCAACCUUUUAGCUGCUUAUUUCCCCGACGCUUCUUCUUUGCUCUCAGCUUGUUUAGAUCGAUGGUGAUGGAGAUGGAGAUGAUGUUUAAUGAAAGUCGCAGCGAGUAGCAGCUUGUCUGUCAUCAACCCUCCUCCACUCUGCUGGAUUUGUCCCCGUCUCCGUCCGUUUUUUACCGCUGCUGUGUGUGUGCCGACCGAGACUGUCCAGCUCCAGCUAGUAGGCAAAGUAGAGGAGGUUUUUGCUCGCUUGGCAGGCAGGCGGAGAGGCAGGCAGGCUGGCUUCCCGACCGAGAGGAAGGUUUGUCGGCUAGCCAACAACUGGAGCUGGAGGUAACACCGACAAAAGCUUCAAGUUGUGGCUCUCUCUUUUUUCAAAGCCUCUCCUUGUGUCGCCGGGGAUAUAAUGGCGAAGAUUCAGGCGCACAACAGCAGCACCACCGCGAAGCAAAUAAACCAAAUUCAAGACAAGCCUUACGUUAUAACACAAAAGCAAGUGCAGCAGCAGCACUUCCAGAAGCUGAAGGUUGAAGAUGCCUUGUCCUAUCUGGACCAAGUCAAAAUCCGUUUUGCAAAUGAUCCUGGCAUAUACAACAAGUUUCUCGACAUCAUGAAAGAGUUCAAGUCACAGAGCAUCGACACACCGGGGGUGAUAAACCGCGUGUCGCAGCUCUUCCACGGACACCCGGACCUCGUCUUGGGCUUCAAUGCCUUUCUACCGCCGGGGUAUCGGAUAGAGGUCCCCAAGAAUGGGGUGGCUUUCCUCCAAUCUCCGUUCUCCACACAGGUAUCCCCAGGCCAGCAGGGGAAGAGUGUCACCACCUCUGCAGUGACCGCAACCUCAGGGAGUGCCACUGCUGCCAACAUUGAAGCUGGACCUGCUCAGACCAGCGAAGUCAAGGCGGCCCCAUCAGAGUCCCUAUCGUCCUCGACUCCAGCAGGACCUCCAGAGCCUCCCAGCAGGCUUUCUCUCCCCCUGACUAGCAGAGAGAGCCAGAAUCAGGCGACCACCUCGUCUGUAUCGCCACCUGCCUCGGAAACGAGCCCCGUAGAGUUUGACAGUGCCAUCAGCUAUGUAAACAAGAUUAAAAACCGUUUCCUGGAUCACCCAGAGAUCUACAGAGCCUUCCUAGAGAUUCUUCACACAUAUCAGAAGGAGCAGCUGGAGGUGAAGGAGAGUCGAGGCAGCCGAGGCAGCAGUGGGAUGACUGAAGAUGAGGUGUUUUCUAAAGUUGCCAGUCUUUUCAAGGGGCAAGAAGACCUGCUGGCUGAGUUCGGGCAAUUCUUACCUGAUGCCAAGAGAUCAUUGUUCACAGGGAGCUCACUGACAGGAGGGAAAGAUCAGCUGAAAAGGCCGGACGACGAGGACUUGAUAUCCAAACAAAACAAAAAGAGGCCCAGACCCAUCCUACUGCAGCACAUGUCCCCACUGCUCAAGAAGAAAAUGAAGUAUUCCUGUACCAAAGAUCAGUCCUUUGCUUCAGUUGGCAAACAUGGAGUCUUAAGAGAAUUCUCCUUCUUUGAUAAGGUUCGUCGCCUGUUUAAAAGCCAAGAGGUGUAUGAGAACUUCCUGCGCUGCAUCGCCUUGUUUAACCAGGAAGUAGUUUCGGGAGCGGAGCUGCUACAGCUAGUCACUCCUUUCCUGGGGAAGUUUCCUGAACUGUAUACACAGUUCAAGUCAUUUCUGGGGGACAAAGAGCUCUCUCAUGCUGUGUCAGGGCUGUCGGAUCGCUACAUGGAGGGGGGAGGGGGCAGAGAGGUGGAUUAUGCAUCAUGCAAGCGCCUGGGGUCCAGCUACAGAGCACUGCCCAAGACCUACCAGCAGCCUAAAUGCAGCGGGCGCACUGCCCUAUGCAAGGAGGUGUUGAACGACACCUGGGUGUCAUUUCCCUCUUGGUCAGAGGACUCCACCUUCGUCAGCUCGAAGAAGACUCCUUAUGAGGAGCAGCUGCAUCGCUGCGAGGAUGAAAGAUUUGAGCUGGAUGUGGUUCUGGAGACAAACCUGGCCACCAUCAGGGUGCUAGAAAGCGUCCAGAAGAAGCUCUCCCGUCUUUCCCCAGAGGACCAGGACCGAUUCAGAUUAGACGACUGCCUGGGCGGCACCUCUGAGGUCAUCCAGCGUCGUGCUGUGUAUCGUAUCUAUGGUGACAAAGCCCCUGAGAUCAUCGAGGGACUGAAGAGGAGUCCUGCUACCGCUGUGCCUGUGGUGCUUAAGAGGUUGAAAGCCAAGGAGGAGGAGUGGAGAGAGGCCCAGCAGGGGUUCAAUAAGAUUUGGAGGGAGCAGUACGAGAAGGCUUACCUGAAGUCCCUCGACCACCAAGGAGUCAACUUCAAACAGAAUGACAUGAAGGCCCUGCGGUCGAAGAGUCUCCUCAAUGAGAUUGAGAGCGUCUAUGAUGAGCGUCAGGAGCAGAGCACAGAAGAGGGUGGAGUUGGCCAGCAGAACCGUAACGGCUCUGGUGCGGCCUCAGCCAGCGAGCCUCACAUGGUCUUUACGUACGAGGACAAACAGAUCCUGGAGGACGCUGCCUCUCUCAUCAUCUACCAUGUCAAACGUCAGCCCACCAUCCACAAAGACGACAAGGACCACAUCAAGCGCAUCAUCCAGCACUUUGUACCCGACCUGUUCUUCUCCCGCCGCGGCGAGCUCAGUGAUACUGAAGACUGGACAGAUGAGGAGGUUGAGCCUGAGGAGGGGGCAGAGAGAGGAAUAGGAGGUGGAGCACCAACAGCAGCAGCAGCAGCAGCAGCCCCAGCAGGAGGUGGAGGAGGAGGAAAUGGUAAUUCUAAUAAUGCUUCAGGAGCAGCAGCAGCAGCCACAGGUAGUCAGUCUCAACCCCAACCUGCCCAAUCACAACCCCAGCCCCAGUCCCAACCUCAGCAGCAGCUCAACGGUGAGUCCAGGCGGAGGCGCUGCAGCCCAUCCCAACCUGCAGACACAGAGGCCUCCACCACCUCUAGUAGCAUGAGCCAGCCUGCAGGGACUGCCUCAUCCACCCCUGGAUCUACGCCCAUGGAGACGGGUUCAGGUGUACCCGGGGAGAAGGUGGACCUGCGCGACCCUGAAGCAGAGCACCAGAAGGAGCUGGACGGCGUCUACAACCUUUUCUUCGUCAACAACAACUGGUAUUUCUUCCUGCGGCUGCACCAGACCCUGUGUUCGCGGCUGCUGCGAGUUUACCGACAGGCAGAGCGCCAGCUGCUGGAGCACCGAGCUGAGCAGAGCAGGGAGAGGCUGCUGAUGGCGGAGGGAAGGAGAGAAAAAGCAUGUGACCUCGCCAUGGAGCUCCGCCUCAAACAGCCCAGUGAGGUGGAGUUGGAGGAGUACUACCCAGCCUUCCUGGAUAUGGUGCGCAGCCUGCUGGAUGGCAACCUGGACUCCACACAGUACGAAGACACACUGAGAGAGAUGUUCACCAUCCACGCCUACAUCGGCUUCACCAUCGACAAGGUCAUCCACAACAUCAUUCGGCAGCUGCAGCACCUAGUGAGCGACGAGGUGUGUCUGCAGGUGGUUGAUGUCUACCUGGCUGAGAGGAAGAGGGGGGCGGCGGGGGGGAACCUGUCCUCGCAGUGUGUCAGAGCAGCCUGGGAGACCAGCUACCAGUGGAAAGCUGAGAGAGUCAUGGCUGAGGAGAACUGCUUCAAGGUGAUGUUUCUCCAAAACAAGGGUCAUGUGACGAUGACUAUUGAGCUGCUGGACACUGAGGAGGCCCAGGCUGAUGACCCGUUAGAUGUACAGUGCCUGUCGAGCUACAUGGAGCAGUUUGUAGGAACUGAGUCCAGUCUGUGUUCUCAAGCAGACGGCUACUUCUUCAAACCUGUAUUUCUGCCCAGGAACCUGCGUCGUUUCCGUCGCUGGCAGGUGCGGCAGGUGGAGGCGAUGCGCUGCAGGAGAGAGUGGCACCGCCAGCUGGGCGUGGAGAACGCCGGGAGUCUGGACUGCCGAUUUAAACUCAACACUCACAAGAUGGUGUUUGUCAUGAACUCUGAGGAUUACAUGUACCGCAGAGGAGCGCUGGUCAAGGCCAGGAAGUCGCAGCACAGAGUGGCAGCGAGCCAGCAUGAACGCUUUGACAAGUGGCACCAGGGCUGGCUGGCCAAUCACGUUACGGCUUCGGCUGAACGCUCGGUGCAGAACUGGCUACUGGGCGAGGAGGAAGAGGACAUGAUCCCCUGCAAGACUACCUGCCUGUCGACUGAGGUGAAGGGGCAAGCGGUGAACAGAUACAAAGUUCAUUACAGCGGUAGCAAAGCCCCAGCCUCCCCGUAGAGGCCUGCAUAGAGAUGGACAUACAGUACACACACACACAGAGGUAAGUGCAUGGACGUACAGGACAUUCAUACACUAAACACAGACAUAAACAGCUGCAGUCCCACUUCUCCACCUUCCUCCACAACAUGUCCACUCAUUCACUUUCACUGAUGGAUGAAGAAACACAGUGCAGACUCUGGACUGUUAACACCAGUGCACAGUGAGUCAGUGAAUGAGUGCACAGUGAGAGGAGCGAUAACGUUGAGAGGAAAAGGACCAACACAGACAGUGUAGUAAUCAAUGAGAGUGAGCUCGGCCCUGAUCGGUGGGACGAGUCGGACACGACGGCACAAACGGAGCUCAUAAUCAUCAUCGUUCUAGCUUCUCUGGUGGCACUAAAUGUUGACGGACACGGAGACGGUUGAUCAGGGGCGAGAAGUUAGAAGAUCAUGAAAUUUGUUUCAGAAAUGUGAAUGUCUGUUAUUUUUCUUCUUUUUCUUUUUUUUAAGUCAAGUGUAGUUUUUAGCUUCUAAAGCCAGAGAGCCUUCUGUUUGUUGGUUGGUUGGUUUAUGCGUGUUUAUAUGGAGAGAUAAUGGUAAACGUGUGUAUGUAUGUGUAUCCUGCUCUCUUCAUUUUGUCUGUUUGUAAGCCCAGUACAGGCUCUACAACUCUAGUAAUUGCAUUAUUACUGUAUGUGCAUAUAUAUAUAUAUAACAGGGAUCCUGUAUUUUUAUAUAUGCAUCUACACGAGUUGAUUGAUACAUCUUAAGAUCAUGUGGUUCUUUACAGUGUUUGCUGUCAGCCAACUCUUGAUGUUUUGCAUUUAGUUUUUUUUUCCCUUUUUUGUGUUGUAGCUAAACAAGUUAUCACCAAGGCAACAAUGAGUCCUUAAAAUUAAUUGGUUUAAUAUGGAGGAAGCAGUCAAAUUAUGUAUCAUAUUUAUGAUACUAAAUGUUUACUUUGUAUUGUCUUUUUUUUGCAUACUGACAUUGAAAAUAAAAGCAAAAUAUCAGUGUUAAAAUAGAAUGUAUAACAUUUAUCCUGUAUCAGUUAUCAUAAAAUAAACAACCUAGUUGUGACCUUCUUA